AUGAAGCUUUUCGCGUCCCUGUUGUUGUCCGGGCUGAUAGUGGUCGCUGCGGCCCAGGAAGCUCUCGAUCACCCUAACCAGUUACUGGACCAAGGUGCCUCCCCUGUUGCCCCGAAAGAAGCUGAAGACAGCGCUGAGGACCGUGAACUCGGAGGGAAAAAGCGUGGCGGCUAUGCUCCGGUGCUUCCGGUGAAAAAAGCUCCCCUGCCGAAGGUGACAUAUUUGCCUGCUUCCAAGAAGGCCGUCCAACCUGUCGUCUAUGCACCAACAAAGAAGGCUGCGUACGUGCCACGCAAGCUACAAGAAAAUGAGGCAAUAUAUGCUGCCGACUUCGAUUCAGACGAGCAAACAAACAGCCAUGAGGAACUCGAGAACGACUCUGCGGACGACCGCGAGCUGGGCGGCAAGAAGAGAGGUGGUGCCAUCCCAGUGAAGAUGCCACCUCCCAAGAAGGUUGUUAUUCCCAAGAAGGUCGCUACGCCGAUCUACGCAGGCAAGAAGGGCGGACUCUACGGCGGCUACUACCGUCGUCUGAGCGAGGAGGAGUCUCAAGACGCUGCACUCCUCGAGGAGCCUGAGAGUCAAGAGGCCGAGGAAGAGAGUGACGAUGAAUCUGCUGACGACCGCGAGCUGGGCGGCAAGAAGAGAGGAGGUGCCAUCCCAGUGAAGAUGCCACCUCCCAAGAAGGUUGUUAUUCCCAAGAAGGUCGCUACGCCGAUCUACGCAGGCAAGAAGGGCGGACUCUACGGCGGCUACUACCGUCGUCUGAGCGAGGAGGAGUCUCAAGACGCUGCACUCCUCGAGGAGCCUGAGAGUCAAGAGGCCGAGGAAGAGAGUGACGAUGAAUCUGCUGACGACCGCGAGCUGGGCGGCAAGAAGAGAGGAGGUGCCAUCCCAGUGAAGAUGCCACCUCCCAAGAAGGUUGUUAUUCCCAAGAAGGUCGCUACGCCGAUCUACGCAGGCAAGAAGGGCGGACUCUACGGCGGCUACUACCGUCGUCUGAGCGAGGAGGAGUCUCAAGACGCUGCACUCCUCGAGGAGCCUGAGAGUCAAGAGGCCGAGGAAGAGAGUGACGAUGAAUCUGCUGACGACCGCGAGCUGGGCGGCAAGAAGAGAGGUGGUGCCAUCCCAGUGAAGAUGCCACCUCCCAAGAAGGUUGUUAUUCCCAAGAAGGUCGCUACGCCGAUCUACGCAGGCAAGAAGGGCGGACUCUACGGCGGCUACUACCGUCGUCUGAGCGAGGAGGAGUCUCAAGACGCUGCACUCCUCGAGGAGCCUGAGAGUCAAGAGGCCGAGGAAGAGAGUGACGAUGAAUCUGCUGACGACCGCGAGCUGGGCGGCAAGAAGAGAGGAGGUGCCAUCCCAGUGAAGAUGCCACCUCCCAAGAAGGUUGUUAUUCCCAAGAAGGUCGCUACGCCGAUCUACGCAGGCAAGAAGGGCGGACUCUACGGCGGCUACUACCGUCGUCUGAGCGAGGAGGAGUCUCAAGACGCUGCACUCCUCGAGGAGCCUGAGAGUCAAGAGGCCGAGGAAGAGAGUGACGAUGAAUCUGCUGACGACCGCGAGCUGGGCGGCAAGAAGAGAGGAGGUGCCAUCCCAGUGAAGAUGCCACCUCCCAAGAAGGUUGUUAUUCCCAAGAAGGUCGCUACGCCGAUCUACGCAGGCAAGAAGGGCGGACUCUACGGCGGCUACUACCGUCGUCUGAGCGAGGAGGAGUCUCAAGACGCUGCACUCCUCGAGGAGCCUGAGAGUCAAGAGGCCGAGGAAGAGAGUGACGAUGAAUCUGCUGACGACCGCGAGCUGGGCGGCAAGAAGAGAGGAGGUGCCAUCCCAGUGAAGAUGCCACCUCCCAAGAAGGUUGUUAUUCCCAAGAAGGUCGCUACGCCGAUCUACGCAGGCAAGAAGGGUGCACGGUACGGCGGAUUCUUUAGACGCUUGGCCGAACAACGUUCCGAGGCGGUCUCCGAUGAAGACGAGAGUGAAGAAAUCGAAAGUGCAGAAGAACGUGAACUGGGCAAGGGCUGGACGAGCGGCUACAGUUACGCGCCUUCUACGAAGAAAGCGGUGCAGCCUACCUACGUAACUAAGAGAGUCGUGCAGCGUCCAAAGAAGGUUGUAGACACCCCUUCUACGAAGUACGUGCGCGAGGAGCCCAAGAAGACUGUACGACCGUCAAAGAAAGAGGUGAGAUCUUCACCAAAGAAGAUUGUCAGUUACCAACCAAAGAAAGUCGUUCGCCCCGCUUCCAAGAAGAGUUUGAACGUAACCCCCAAGAAGACUAUCCGGCCAGAACACAAGAAGACGGUGACAUACCAGAAAGCGCCAGUCCAAUCAAAAAAGAGCGCCCACUACAUUCCUCAGUAUAGUUCAAAGAAGGGGUCGUACUAA